AUGGGCGCCGCCAACUCGUGUACGUGCUCGGAGACGAAGUACCGCUUCAAGGACUUCAUCGUCUCCGUCUACCCCGACAACAUCCACGGCGGCCCCGACGAGGAUGCGCUGGCGAAGUUGAACAAUUACAUCGCCAGUAACCCCGAGCGCAUCCCCCGCGUGUGCCGAAAGAUUGGCAAACUUCUUCUCAUCCACCUCGCAAGCAAGAAGGAAACGCGAGUCAUGGUGUCGGUGCUCAUGCUGCGCUCUCUCAUCGAGCACGCCGCCCGCGUGGUGGACUUUGUGCCUCACAGCGUAGAUAUUUGCGCUCUGCUGCUCUCAACAAGUAUCCCGCGCUACCACAUUGGUGCCGCGGAUGUGCUGAGCACGCUGUGUUAUCGGCUCAGCACUCAGCCCAACACGGACUCGGCACGUCGGCUGAUCGCCGACAACAAGGACCGCCUUGUGCCGCAGCUGCUGCAGAUGACGUCCGAUCACAUAGCGUCACGGAAGUGUGCAAACACGGUGCAGACGCGCUACGCCGCGAUCCUGGCACUCGGCAACAUCGCCAACUGCAUUCACACCGCCUUGGCCGGGAAUGCAGCGGUCAUCAUGCAGGCCAUGAUCGUCAAUCUGAUUCUUGUGCUGAGGGAGCGUGCGCAUAAGCCGCUGAGUGACGCAAGCGUGCAUCUCCUGGCGAAGCAGCACAACGGCGGCGCCGACGCAACGUCGGUGGCCAGCCCCAUCCUGAAACUGCCGGCGGAAGCGGAGGAGCAGGAUGUCACGUACGCGCUGGCCUGCAGCCAUGGCAUUGGUGCAACGGCAGCCUGCACCACUACGGCCGGUGUGGCGGGGUUGCUGAACCGCGUCACGGCGCUGCUAGAGACGCAAAAUGGCUGGGGCAUACCGCACGUGCCGUCGCUCGUAUUCCGCGACAUUGUGUCCGCCAUGCAGCGCCGCCCACAGCAGCUGGGCUUCCUCGUGUACCAGUGUCUGUGCGAUAUGGGGCAGUGUACGUCUGACCCGAGCGUGCGUAUUGGUGUGCUACGUUCGCUGCAGGCCUGCGUGGACGUGCUGCCUAUGACGGGCGGUCGCCCGGCGGUGGUGCUGGAUCACAUUGUGAGCGUUAUGCAGCCACCCAUGGCUGGUAGCACCACCGACGGGGCCGCCGCUGGGGACGAGGACGGCGUAGACAGCGCGUGUCUGGAGAAGGACACACACGACGCCGUCGUGACGCUAACCAGUCGGCUUCUUCGCUCUACCUACCUGCGACACAAUGGGUCGCAGCUGCAGAGUAUCCUUGUCUCGUUGUGGCACCUGCUCGAGGCAGCACAGAGCAGAGGCACACCGCAUCCAACGCUGGUGUUGCGGCUCCUUGUCGUGGCUGCGCCGUACCUGCGCUCUGUGCCGCUGGUGGACCGCAGAGACAUUCGUGUAACGGAUGGUCUUGAAUGCUACCUCAACGGCAGCGGCGGCGAUGUGCAGCGACACCUCGCCUCGCGCGUGCUGGCCGGCAUUCUCGCCGGCAUCCCGGCUCCGACGCACAGCGCGGUAGAAGGCGGCGGCGGCGGCGACAAAGUGAGUGUGGCGGAAGUUACGGCUGCGUUCGCGGCAGCGCCGUCCCCACCCACAGGCACGGGGGUGUUGUUCACGGCCGAGGAAGACGUUGCCUUCGCGCAGGAGUGGGUAAAGCGGGUGUCGAAGGAAACGGAGGGAGUCACGCCGCUGACGGUGGUGUCGGUGGCGAACGUGCUCUGUGCCCUCAUGGCAGGCUACGGAGUGAGUGGGCUGCCCUUCACGCUCAUGUUUCUCUGGGCGCUGCAGCAGCUCUGCGUGCGCGUAGAGCCGGCGAGUGCAGCGGCGCGGCAAGACGACACCGCCAGCGCGUCUACUGCAACGGUGACGACGAUGUCGGCGUCGAGGGCUGCCACGUCGCCCCUCACCCGCGCCUGGUUGCACAUGAUUGCGGCCUUGCUGGUCUGCUGUGGCCGCGUGUACGCGAUUCCGAAGCUGCAGGCGUAUGGGCAAGAGAUUCUGGAGAAGAGAGUCGCGGCUGGCCAGCUGGCGAGCUGCUUCGAGCCCGCUCUCCGCAUCUCCGGGCACGCGGCGGAUGUAUACACGGUCAGCGGACUGCGCUGCCACGCUUCAGAGAAGAGUCGCCCGCUCGCGACAGACUUCACGGAGGCGCCCGUUUCCAAACUGCCGUCGUUCAGCUACGUGUCGAACAUCAUUGCGGACGCGGAUUGGGCAGACGUCGCCGUCGUCUUCGGCGCCAGCGAUGAAGAAAAGUUGCACAUGGUCAUUGAAGAAGUGUGCUUCCAGCCAGACAGCGAGGUAAGCGUGAGCCUGUCCAGUCUCAUCGCCGCACGCAGCUCAUCCAUUCCCGCCGCCGACGCCAUGUCGCAGAGGUCGCUUCACUUCUCCCUGAGUGUGCAGGAUGAGGCCAAGGUAAGCACACUGCGCUCUCUGCGCAUCUCCGUGGUGGACAACAGCAUCCUGCGUGCACAGGACAGCCGUGGAGCGGUGCCACUGAGCGCCGCUGCGAUCACCACAGCCAAGAAGGUGCAGGAGAUCGCCGAGCACUACAACGUGAGCGCUGCGACGCAGGUGCUGCCGCCGGAGACGACGGCCGCGCUUCCCCCACUGCCGAUGUUGCCGCUGCACAGAGACGACGAGGACACGUCGGGGGGUAUGAGCGAGUCCAGCGAGUUCGCGUCGGAGGUGCGCGGGAAGGCGAUGUCACCGCCGUUGUACGUGGCCGGGUGCACCGCAGACAGCCGCUCCCGCAGCGGUGCCGGCACGGAGAGCGCGGCGUUUGUGAACCCGCUCAAUGUGGACGUUGGCAUCCAAGCAGCUCGCAAAGCACAGAGGGCGCUGUCGAUUCGGGCCCUGCCGGCAGCUCGCUACGUGUCCAUGGUGUAG